UCUUCCAAGUAUCGUUUUGGUAUCGAGAAUCGUGAUACUACAGUUGGUAUCGGUAUCGAAGUCAAAAUUUUGGUAUCGUGACAACCCUAGCAAGCCGUGUCGUGUGCUGGUCGUGUGCUGAGGACAGUAGUGAAGGAGUUGUCAGAUGUAGCUGAAAGAUCUAGUCAGUGGUUGUGGUUCAGAAGGGCUGAGGCUACGUGGGGAAGGGAAUGAGUUUGUGCUUCUACAGCAGGCUUGGAGGGUGGUGGGUCUGGGACGCCAGACUUCACUGUUGAGCCUUCUGGAGGUGUCGUGGGCCUAAUUCAGCGAAACACUGACGAAGGAAGGUGCCUACCUGAAGACCCCUGAGAAGAGCUUGCACUGAAGUUUGUGUUAGAGUUUGGAUGAAGGGGAUUGGUGUGGUCCUGCUAUUCUUGUAGUAAUUUGUCUCAUGAGUUUUUGUAGACGUCUGAGUACUUGGCAGUUGAGGCACGGACCAUGAACAUAGUUCGCUAUGCUUCUGGAUUCUUGUCGAGCCAGUAUCAGAUGGUAGUGGUUGCUGUGUUCUGCUCACGCAACUUAUGUCAUUUAUUGUGUGUGAUUGUGCUUAGGUAGGGUGCUGUGGUUAGUGUGUUGUUGCCAUAGAUUAAGGAAGUGAGCUUAGAUUAAGGAGGGAUUCUGUUUGUUCAUUGGUUAUUUUUCGGUAGGUCUGUUACUUGGCAGUUGAGGCGAUGGACCAUGAACAUAGUGUUAGGCUGUGCUUCUGGAUUCUUGUCGAGCCAGUAUCAGAUUGUGGUGGUUUUGCUAUUGUUGUUAGUUGAGUGAGUAGUAGAUCCUGGCUGAGCCCUAUGCAUAACCCCAGCUGUUAGGUGCAGGAUUUGACAAUUUCCUGUAUUAUAUUACUAAUUACAAUAUUUACAAAGUUUAAGAGGAUUCAUGACUCAUUUUCCAGUGUUCCUAGAGACUAGAGUAGUUUGUUGUGUUUUCUGUUUAAUACAGAAGUGUAUAAUCUCUCUCUCAGUCUGCCUCUGUCACUCUUUCUCUCUCUGUUAAUAACUUACUCUAAUUUUCUCUCUCUUUAGAUUAUCUGGGUGUAUGAUCACAGAAAAAGGCUGUUCUUCUCUGGCUUCAGCUCUUAAUUCAAACCCCUCCCACCUGAAAGAGCUGUAUCUGACCUACAACCACCCAGGAGAGUCAGGAGAGAAGCUGCUUUCUGCCAGACUGGAGGAUCCACACUACUCACUGGAGACACUCAGAAUGGAACAUGGAGGCGAAAUAAGAAUCAAACCUGGAUUAAAGAAAUACGGCUGUGAUUUCACACUGGAUCCAAACACAGUGCACCCUCAUCUCUCUCUGAGUGAGGAGAACAGGAGGGUGGAGUGUAGAGGGGAGCGGCAGUAUCCUGAUCAUCCAGAGAGGUUUGAUGAGUGUCCACAGGUUCUGAGUAGAGAGAGAGUAACUGGUGUUACUGGACGCUGUUACUGGGAGGCUGAGUGGAGCGGGGAGAGAGGAGUAGUUGCUGUAGCUCUGAGUUAUAAAACCAUCAGCAGGAAAGGAGGAGGACCAGACUGUUGGUUUGGAGAGAAUAUAAACUCCUGGAGACUGAAAUGCUCUGAUAACAGAUACUAUGUUCAACACAGUAAAAACUACACUGAUCUCCCUCCUCCCUCCGGCUGUAGGAGAGUAGGAGUGUAUGUGGACUGUCCCGCCGGCACUCUGUCCUUCUACAGCGUCUCCACUGAUACACCCUCACACACUCUCACACACUUACACACACCCUCACACACACCCUCACACACACUCACACACUUACACACAUUCUACACCACCUUCACUCAGCCCCUCUAUGCAGGGAUUGGGGUUUAUAAUUAUGGCUCCUCAGUGACUCUGUGUAAAAUAGAAUAACCCUGUGUGUGUGUGUGUGUGUUUAUCUGUGUGUGUGUGUGUGUGUGUGUGUGUUUAUCUGUGUGUGUUUCUGUGUAUUGUAUGUGUGUGUAUAGUGUGUAUAGUGUGUGUGUGUGUGUGUUUCUGUGUGUGUGUGUGUGUGUUUAUCUGUGUGUGUUUCUGUGUAUUGUAUGUGUGUGUAUAGUGUGUAUAGUGUGUGUGUGUGUGUGUGUGUAUAUCAGUAUGUGUGUGUGUUUAUCUGUGUGUAUAUAUCAGUGUGUGUGUGUGUGUGUGUUUAUCUGUGUGUUUUUGUGUGUGUGUGUGUGUGUUUAUCUGUGUGUGUGUGUAUUGUAUGUGUGUGUAUAGUGUGUAUAGUGUGUGUGUAUGUGUGUGUGUAUAUAUCAGUAUGUGUGUGUGUUUAUCUGUGUGUAUAUAUCAGUGUGUGUGUGCAGUGAAUGUGUCUGUGUAUAGUGUGUGUGUGUGUGUAUAUAGUGAGUGUGUGUGUGUGUGUGUGUGUAUAUAGUGAGUGUGUGUGUGUGUGUGUGUGUG